CAUGCACUUCCUGCCUGGGCAGCUCACUCCAGGAAGAAGAAAUAAUGGCGACGCUAAAGGGGUCCGAAAGCCGCUGCAGAAGAGGAACACAAAGACAAUGCAGAUAUAAUAUCGUCUUCAAAUUCACGGACAGUAAAAUCACAGGCCGGACGUUCAGUCGUGGGACACAGCUCCCAGGAGGCCUCCUUCAAGAGAGAGACAAACGAGCCAAGUGGCAAGGCAUUCCGACUUUGCUGCAGAAUCUUUACGAGAGCAGCCAUCCCAACAGUGACCUCUCGGAUGCCCAUGAUCUGCUUAAGACGUUGUUGUCUCAGCUCUCUAUGGAGGCCAUGUCUUUUGUCACAGAAGACAGAAAGACGAUUCAGAAGUCCACCUUUCCCAACACGCACACUUUUGACCUCUUUGGUGGAGUCGAUCUGCUUGUUGAGAUCUUAAUGAGACCCACGCUUACUAUGCAGAAGAAAAAGCCCAAAAUGAAUGAUGAUUUGGUUAAGGAAUGUCUUAGUGUUCUCUACAAUUGUUGUAUCUGUGCGGAUGGAGUGACCAAGAGCUUGGCAGCUCGGGAUGACUUUGUUCUCUUCCUUUUCACCCUGAUGACAAACAAGGAGACUUUUCUUCAGACUGCAACUCUGAUGGAAGACAUUCUUGGAGUUAAAAAGGAGAUGAUCCAUUUAGACAGCAUCCCCAACCUUUCAGGCCUAGUUCAGAGCUUUGACCAGCAACAGCUGGCCAACUUCUGCCGAAUCCUGUCCGUCACCAUCUCAGAACCCGAUUUGGGAAACGACGACAAGCACACCCUGUUGGCGAAAAAUGCCCAGCAAAAACGCAAUUUAAGCCCGUCCCGUGCGGAGGUCAAUCAGGUCACCUUGCUGAACAUCCCCGAGUUUAUUGAGCGGCUGUGUAAGCUAGCUACAAGGAAAGUGUCGGAGGCCACAGGAGGAAACUUUCUGCAGGAGCUGGAGGAAUGGUACACGUGGUUAGACAACGCUCUAGUGCUGGACUCCCUCAUGCAGAUGGCGACAGAGGAGGCGGAACAAAGCAGCACAGAGUCAUCAGACGAAAGCUCCCUAGCCACCAGCCCGCUGAGACAUCGGCUCCCCCCGUCUAUGAAGAUCGUGCAUGAGAUUAUGUACAAAGUGGAGGUGCUUUAUGUGCUGUGUGUGCUACUCAUGGGCCGACAGAGGAACCAGGUGCAUAAGAUGCUGGCCGAGUUCCGUCUUAUACCAGGUCUCAACAACUUGUUUGACAAGCUCAUCUGGAGGAAAUACACCGUCACCAACCACGUCGUACACGGCCAAAACGAAAAUUGCGACUGUAGCCCCGAAAUAUCUUUCAAAAUCCAGUUUUUGCGCCUUCUCCAAAGUUUCAGUGAUCAUCACGAGAACAAGUACCUCCUGUUAAACAGUCAAGAACUUAAUGAACUCAGUGCCAUAUCCAUGAAGGCCAAUAUUCCUGAGGUAGAGGCUCUGGUCAACACAGACAGAAGUCUUGUGUGUGAUGGAAAGAAGGGCCUCCUCACGCGCCUCCUCACUGUUAUGAAGAGGGAGCCUCCAGACUCUUCAUUCAGGUUCUGGCAGGCGAGAGCAGUGGAAAGUUUCUUGAGAGGAGCCACCUCUUAUGCAGACCAAAUGUUCCUCCUGAAGAGAGGAUUACUGGAGCACAUCCUGUUCUGCAUCAUAGACAGUGGCUGCACGUCCAGAGACGUCUUACAGAGCUACUUUGACCUGCUCGGUGAGCUCAUGAAGUUCAACAUUGACGCCUUCAAAAGGUUCAACAAAUACGUCAACACACCUGAGAAGUUCCAGACCUUUCUGACACAGAUCAACAGUUCUUUGGUGGACUCCAACAUGUUGGUGCGCUGCAUCGUGCUGUCUUUGGACCGAUUUCAGAGCCAAACUGAAGACGUUAAAGUGGUGGAGGUCCUGUCCGAGUGCUGUCUGCUCUCCUACAUGGCCAAAGUAGAGAACAGACUUUCCUUCCUUUUCCGCCUGGUCAACAUCAUCAACGUGCAGACGCUCACACAGGAGAACGUGAGCUGUUUGAACACCAGUUUGGUCAUCCUCAUGCUGGCCCGUAGAAAGGCCAAACUUCCCUUCUACCUUAGCGCCUUGCGGGAGAAGGAGCACGCCGAGAAAUACCCCGGCUGUCUGCUCAACAAUUUCCGCAACCUCCUGCGCUUCUGGCAGUGUCACUACCUCAACAAGGACAAAGACAGCACCUGUCUGGAGAAUCUGCCGUCGACUUCCAUCAGAGACUGGCGUCAAGACACCCGUGGACACACCCCUCCGACUAUCAGAGCUCCUGCAUCCCCUUCAGCUACUGGAAGGAGACGGUGUCGGUGCUUCUUGGCUCUGACAGGACUUCUCUGUGUGCGAUAGUCAGCUACAUCGACGAGCCCUUUAUGGAUCUGGACAGAGACCUGCUGGAAGAUUGACCAGCGGCGGGCGGACCGUGUGCGACGGCGAGCGCGGGGGCCUGUGACACCGCUGCGGACUCCAAUGAGCUGAGCCAUGGCGGCACCUCGGAGCUCACAUGUCUGCCGUACGCUUCUUCUCAUAGAGGCCGGCCUCCAUUUUGUCUCUUAAGUGGUCUGCAAAGGACGCACAGCCCUCACUAACGUGACAACGUACGGACCUUCUGGGAAUGACGCCUGCAUUGGUUGUUUACUUUAGUUGGAAUCAGAAUAGAGCUUUUUUUAUAUUAAUCUUUACAAAAUUCUAUAGUGGGGGAAAAAGUUCUAUUCAGCAAAAUCAACCCGCUUUGAACACGGCCUCUGACGUCUGCUCCUUCAGCACCAAGGAAAUAGACUCUUCUCAGCGAUCCUCAGUUCCUGUUUCUCCAACUAAUAAUCGGUGCUUUCUGGCUCAGAACAAUUGUUUGCUUGUUAUGUGCACACGUCCACACCUCAUCUAACAUCCUUCAUUCUGGGAACUUUUUCAUCCAUCUGUUGAAAACCGGCUUUUAGCUUUAGAAUAAAACAUUGCACACACAUGAAUUUGUUUUUAUUGUUUAUUAAACAUUUGUUGAUUCAACCAUCAUAAUUGUAACAGUUUGUAUACUUUUGGGAAGAGAAUAAACUAUGCAGGCACUCGAAGCUUUUAGUUGAGACAUUUGUUCCAGCGACAAUCUUGUCAGCGCGUCGGCUCUUUUUGGUGAUUGGGGUUGCAAGGGGAAGUGGCAUUAAGACGCCGAGUGUGCAGCUGUUGAUGGACGCUGCGGACUUGUGAUGAAGUGAAUGAGCUACCUCACUGCACCGUUUAGAAAAGGACAGUUGUGUCACCCGACAUGUCCCACUUGGCUGAAUGUAUGACAUUUCUACACGCCUUGUGCACACCCUUUACACGCCCAAACAUUUUCUUUGCAUCUGCUGUCACUUAGCAUGUCUUAAACGUGAUGGUGCUUGUGUGCUUUGUAGUGACUUUCAUUCAAGUAUCGCGGACGUGUCCUCAAUGACAGCCGCAAGAUGUCGUACGCUGGAUGGAUGUUGGCCUGUAUGUGCUUGAAGUUUCCAAGACGCCUUAGCUUGAAGAAGUGAUGGGGGAGGAAGCUCUAGACUUUAAUCAUGCAUAGUGAGAAUGUUGCAUUUGCCACUAAUUGAUGUAAUAUUCAGCACAAUGGAGGACAUUUGCACAUAUUCCAAUUGGUCCUACUCACAUGCAGGGAGACUUCUUUCUCACUGAAACAACACUCACAGUCGUUUAGUCGUACAAACUGAAUAACUUCUGUAACCAACCUAUCCGAUAUUGGUGUUGAGCUUCAUUUUCCUUUGUCCAAUAAAGUCCAUUCAUUAGAGUCA